AUGGGGUCUAGAGGAUUAUUGACGGGUUUGCUGGGUUUGGGUACCGGGUCUGGGCUGACAUUUUAUUUACUUACUAAGUUAUCAUCAAAACAAACACCUGAAUUAAACACAGCAACAGUAGUAAGCAAUAUCAAGGGAGAACAUUUAGUAAGUGCAAAGAUAAACCCGAAUGGAUUUUUCAAAUAUGGUUUUCCAGGUCCAAAGCAUGACUUACAAAACAGAGGCGAGUUUAUUUCUUGUUAUGAUAGACAGACCAGAAACCCAUAUUGGGUUCUUGAACAUAUGACACCAGAAUCGCUUUCGAUGCGAAAUGCUGAUAGGAAAAAUUCAUACUUCAAGGAAGAUGAAGCAAUCCCCGAUACAUUCAGAGCCAUGUUGAAGGAUUACUUUAGGUCAGGAUAUGAUAGAGGACAUCUUGCAGCUGCAGCAGAUGCCAAAUUUUCUCAAGAAGCAAUGGACAAUACGUUUUACCUUACGAAUAUGUGUCCACAAGUUGGUCAAGGAUUUAAUAGGGAUUACUGGGCACAUUUAGAAUUCUUUUGCCGAGAUCUAACCAAAAAAUAUGGAAGUGUAAGAGUCCUAACUGGACCUCUGUACUUACCAAAAAAAGACCCUACCGAUGGAAAGUAUAGAGUAAGUUACGAAGUGGUUGGAAACCCUCCAAAUAUAGCUGUUCCAACACAUUUCUUUAAAUUAAUUGUCACAGAGAAACCUUUAAUUGGUUCAAACACGGAUACCAUAUCCGUUGCAGCCUUUGUCCUUCCAAACGAGCCUAUUUCCAAUGAAACAAAGCUUACUGAUUUUGAAAUUCCAGUGGAUGCACUAGAAAGAAGCACAGGUUUGGAAUUGCUAAGAGCCUAUCCAACAAAUAAGAAGAAAGCGUUAUGUAAAGAGGUGAAUUGUCAGAUUGUUGUGAGAGAUUUUUCAAAGAAAGCAUUCAAGUCUGGAAAUAAACAAAUGCUCCCAACAACAGCAACUAAGAAAUGA